UUUCCGUCUCAUUCAUCCAGAAACCUCCAUCGUCGCGAGAAGUACAGCAAUAGUUUCUAACUUCAUAAACAUGUCUUACUGUAAAGUCAUACCGGCCGUGGCCAGAGCAAAGCCGGCUCGGUUGUUCGGCGCGAGGCUUCGCUCCACGGCGGCGGCGGCAUCCACGCAGCCCAAGGAGCUGAAGACGGAGGACGCGGCGCUGGACCGGUCCUGUACCGUGGUGGAGAAACCCUGCGACGUGGACCUCUUCAGCGGCAAGGCGCACGCGGAGCGCCAGAGGAUCUCCGUCAACUUCGACAACACGCGGGAAGCCUACAAGAGCAAAGACACGCUGGAGCUGCUCAGGAGUCUGCUGGUCUUCAAACUCUGCACCUUUGACUUCCUGGUUGACAAAAAUAAAGAGUUGAUGGACCUCAGCAAGAAGGUUCUUGGCCAGCGGCUCUUCGAGAAACUGAUGAAAAUGACCUUCUACGGCCAGUUCGUGGCCGGCGAGGACCAGAACGCCAUCAAACCCCUGAUUGAGAAAAACCAGGCGUUUGGCGUGGGUUCGGUUCUGGACUACAGCGUUGAGGAGGACCUGACCCAAGAAGAGGCUGAGAAGAAGGAGAUGGACUCCUGCGUUUCUGAGGCUGAGAAAGAGAGCCACGUGGACACCAGUGCAUGCUUGCUUCAGGAAAAUGAGUGUAUGGAUCACCGUGAGAAGAAGUAUAAAGCUCACCGUCAGUUCGGAGAUCGGCGCGGAGGAGUGAUCAGCGCCCGCACGUAUUUCUACGCAGACGAGGCCAAGUGUGACCAUCACAUGGAGACCUUCAUCAACUGCAUCAAAGCUUCCGCUGGGAGCUCUGUGGAUGGAUUCUCGGCCAUUAAGAUGACGGCUCUGGGCCGGCCUCAGUUCCUGCUGCAGUUCUCCGAGGUGCUGGUGAAGUGGAGGAGGUUCUUCAGUCUGCUGGCGGCUCAUCAGGGGAAGGACGGCAUGGCCAUCCUCGAGCAGAAGCUGGAGCUCGAACAACUGCAGGACAGUUUGAUCAAAUUGGGAGUUGGAGCAAAAUCAGACAUUGAGAACUGGUUUACUGGAGAGAAACUGGGUUCAUCAGGAACCAUUGAUCUGUUGGACUGGAACAGCCUCAUCAAUGAUACAACCAAGAUCUCCAACCUGCUGGUGGUGCCCAACAUAGAGAGCGGUCACCUGGAGCCUCUUUUGAGCAAAUUCACCGAUGAAGAGGAGAAACAGAUGAAGAGGAUGCUACAGAGAAUGGACGUCCUCGCAAAGCACGCUGUGGAGAAUGGCGUGAGGCUGAUGGUGGACGCAGAACAGACGUAUUUCCAGCCGGCUAUCAGCAGACUCACGCUGGAGAUGCAGAGGAUCUUCAACAGAGAAAAACCCAACAUCUUCAACACCUACCAGUGCUACCUGAGAGAGGCGUAUGAUAACGUGUCUGUGGACGUGGAGCUGUCGCGGAGGGAGGGCUGGUACUUCGGAGCCAAGCUGGUGCGAGGAGCGUACAUGUAUCAGGAGAGAUCUCGCGCCGCAGAGAUCGGAUACGAAGACCCCAUCAAUCCUGACUAUGAGGCCACCAACAGGAUGUACCACAAGUGUCUGGAGUAUAUUCUGGAGGAGAUCAACCACAACAGGAUGGCCAAUGUCAUGGUGGCGUCUCACAACGAGGACACGGUCAAAUUCACGCUGGACAAAAUGAACGAGAUGAGUCUCUUUCCGACGGAGAACAAGGUGUACUUUGGCCAGCUGCUGGGGAUGUGCGAUCAGAUCAGCUUCCCGCUGGGUCAGGCGGGGUUCCCCGUGUACAAGUAUGUGCCGUACGGCCCGGUGAACGAGGUCAUCCCGUACCUGUCCCGCCGGGCGCAGGAGAACCGCGGCUUCAUGAAGGGCUCUCAGAGAGAACGCAGUCUGCUGUGGAAGGAGCUCAAGCGCAGGUUCUUCAGUCGACAGCUGCUCUACAGACCCGUCUACUAAACCUGACGUCUGCUGCGCUCUCUCAGUUUCUCCACACCGAGCGGACAUCUUGUAGGUCUAUAGUUCGUCAUCAGCGGCUUUGAAAUGAACUGGAGUUAAAGACAACAUGAAACUGCAUUCGCAAUGCCUUAAACUUCUGCAGUGUGACGUGAAAAACAGAAAGUGAAACAGUGGAACUUAAUUUGAGAAAAGGAAACCUUUUUAGUAAUAUCUUGUUUUUCUAGAUCAACAGAUGAUUUAUUUAUUUUUUUACGAAGAAAUUAAAUAAAAAGCAACUCAUUGGCACUUAGCAACCGCAUAGCAACACCCUAGCAAUCACCCUGGAUAUCUUAGCGACUGCAUAGCAACACCUUGGCAACCACAAUAAAAAAAUUCAAACUUUAAGCUUUUAAAAGUACUUUUAAACUUCAAACCAUUUCAGACUGAAAACCAUCAAACCCCAGUUUCACAGACAAGGCUUAAACCUAGUCCUAGACUAAAAUGUAAAUCUGAGCGGUUUCAACUGAAAGAAACUCAGAAGCUCGCAAGAGUGAUCUUAAAGCAUUUCAGUGCCUUUGUUUUGUCUUAAGAUGCACACCAGUAAUGUUUUAUUUUUUUCUUCGAAAACAUGUUUGAAAAUUACUUUAAUGUCCUAAUUGAACUAUGGCUUUAUCCUUGCUUAGGCUAACCCCCGUCUAUUAAACCGGACCUUAAACCUCUUAAACUUUUAAUCUUUUCAAUCGUUUUCAAUCUUUCUGGCCAACGUAACGUUUGACUUGAGAAACCUUUUUUUCAAUUAUUUUCAAUCUUCUAUUUGUCCUACACACUUAUUGGAUCUAAUAUGCAUUUGUUGUAUUUUAUUCAACUUAACACAAACCUAGUAUCUGAUAAAAAGCUAAUAUUUAAAAACACAUUUUUAUAUUUUAUUUAUCCCAUGCUGCCAGUUAUCAGAUUUCAUAUAAAUUAUAUAUUUUUUUCUACAUAACCCAUUAUUCAAAAAAAAAUAUUUAAAAACAUAUUCAUUUUUAUUUAUUGUUUUUAAAUUUAAUUUAUUCCACAUAAAUCUUCAAAA